UAACAGUUGAAAGGUCAAACUGUCAAAGAAGGUGCGGGGAUCGUAUAGUUGUUCUCUUUUACGGCCGCGGAUUAUCGUUCCCAAUCCCAUUGUUUUAAUUUCACCUGCAACAAACUUCAGUCUCUAUUCUUUUCGUUUUCUCAGAUUUGGCUCUCUCUUCGUCCUUGAUCCUUCAACUUAUCACGUUUCAGUGUAGAAUCUUCUCUGAAAUGCACCAUAUUUGACUACCAACUCGAAGCCUAAGCAGUUCGAAUGAUUGCGCGAACGAUUUGUUCAUACAAUCAUGGCGGGAUGGAUCUCUUCCAAGCUCAAAGUUGCGGAAACCUUCCUUCAACAGAUUGAUCAGCAAGCGGCGGACUCGCUUGGGAAGAAUGAGAAACCUCUAUCCGAUGAAUUGAAUCAUGAGACCCCAACGAAAGCCGGGGAGGUUGUUCCUCUGAAGGAUCAGCUGAAGAAGAAGACACCCGAUAACAAUGAUUCCUAUGGACAUUCACGCUCAGAUUUCAAAUCGGAUAAAAACCAGGACAAGGGAUUUGGAACAGCUCUUAAACCUUCUCCGAAGCCUACGCCAACUCUUACAGACAAUGACUGGACAGAACUGCUUAGUGCUCCCAAGCCGCCAUCACCCUCUGCCGUUAAUCGGACUAAUGGGAUAUCUGCUAUUCGUGGACCACGGAAGGACGGAAGAAAGCAGGGGAUAUCUGGUUCGAAAAAUUUCUCAUCUGAUAUGAAGAGAAUUCAUGACAGGCCUGGCGUUGUUUCCAAAUCUACGAGCAGGCCAGACAUCGAUCUAGGGUAUAGAUUAAAGGGUGGCGUUUAUUCCCCAGAUAGUAAGCGGAGCGAUAGGGAAGAGUCUGGCUUGUCUGAUUCUAUGCAGACAAAAUCCAGUUCUGAAUCACAAAAUGGCGAUCCUUACAUUGAAGGGAGAGAAACAGGGGCUAAUCUCUUGUCAGAAGCGAAGGGUGAUGCAAGUGACGACUCCAAGGAUGUCCUGGAAACUGCUGGGGGUGGAAAGCAAACUCAUUCUGAAAAUUACAUUGAAAAAGGUAGUGCAGGGAAUGAUUAUCAGCCAGCAGUUGGGAAACAUGCAGCAGAGCUUGUAUCAGGCUCAAAUGCAAUUGAUGGCAUAGUUGAUACAAAGAGGCAGCCUGAUGGUGGUCAGGAUGCAUCCAGGAGUGCUGAAAGGAGGAUUGAUGAGUCAAAUGCAGCUCUGGGAAGUUCUGUUACUCGUGACUUGCAGAGACAUUCUUCAUCAUCGAGUGAUGAAGAGUCUGAUUCAGACACAGACUCAGCUUCAACUUCUGAAUCGGAAAAUGAACGCCAAAGGAGGGCAGAAAAGGCAAGGCAGAGGGAACGGGUUAUGGCUGAGAGAGCUGCUGCUAAAGCUAUUGAGGCCAUAAAAGAGCGUGAGAACAUUGUUGCCAGAUUGGAGGGAGAGAAGCAGAGCUUAGAGAAAGUGCUUGAAGAAAGGGCAAGGCAACAAGCACAAGAGGCUUCUGAGUUGCAGAUGAGUAUGAUGGAUGCAAUGGAAGCUGUUGAUCUGGAGAAGCGAAAACAUAACAAUACCAGAAUGGAAGCCCUUGAACUAAUAGCUAAACUUGAGACUGCAAAUGCCAACCUUGCAAGGUCCCUUGCAUCCACACAGAGGAAUCUUGAUAUGGAGGUUGAACGUGUAGCAGCAAUUCGACGAGAGAUUGAGUUGAAAGAAGCGGUACAAGAAGAUCUCAGAAGGAAAAUGUCCAAGGUUCAUCAGAGUGGUUUAUCAUCAAACCAAUUGGAAGCUUCAAAAGGAGUUGAAUUUGAACGGGAGAUACUUGAGGCAGAGUACUCUUUUAUGUGUGAUAGAAUUGGACAGCUUCAGGAAAAGGCAAAGAAACUAGAAGAAAACAUUGAAAUGACACACAAAGAGAUGGAGAAUCCCACUGAAGUAGAAAUUGAACUCAAGAGAAGGCUUGGGCAGUUGACCGAUCAUUUAAUUCAGAAGCAAGCUCAGGUUGAGGACCUCUCCUCAGAGAAGGCAACACUGUUGUUUAGGAUAGAGACAGUUUCAAGAAUGUUGGAUGAAAACAAGUCAGCAAUGCCACUGGUUGACUUGGGAGGCCCCUCAGUAAGCGAUGACCUGGAAGCAGGGAUGUGGAAUGCUUCCAAUUCAAGGUUUAAGCCAUUCCUUGAGGCUAGAAUCCGAUCUGGAGGACAACACUUUGGAUCACUGCUUCAGCAGUUGGAUGCUAUCUUUUCUGCAGGAGCUGCAUUUAUCCGGAGGAAUCCAGUGGCAAAAUUGUGGUCUCUAGUGUACCUUGUAUGCCUUCAUUUUUGGGUUGUAUAUAUUCUCAUGUCACAUUCUCAACCAUCUGAUGACACCAAAUCCGGGGCCGUCAUCUCCUUGGAGAGCAUCAAUAAUACUGGAGGCAACUAGCUCAUGUCCAGUUUAUUCACUUGCACUACUACAGGUUCUGGGAGAUAAUUUGUACUGAUCGUAGCCUUGCCAAUUAUCACUAUUGAAAUUGUAAAGAUACAAAGGCACUUUGAUGGUGAUUUGAGGAUGGUCACUUGAUCGUCCUUGUUUCGUUGUGUUUGUGCUCGAGUCUACAGUGACCAAGUUGGAUUCUUACUGCCUUGAUGUUUUGCAUAAGGAAAUAAGAGGAUAAUAACUUUUCAACCA